AUAAACAGCGUGUCGAACGACUUGCCAGCCCAUAACGUCCUCUUGAUACUCCCAACCGCCGGCUUCCAACCGUAACACCAUCCCGUGUUAUAUCCACAUCGAGACAUCUUGACGAUAUCAGCCUUCUUCGUCUUGACGUCUUGCACGCUUGGCUGGUACGACUCACUCCUCGGCCUGAGUCUGUGAAAGGAUAUGCAGAUACACUGUUAACUGGCCGACGUGUGCUGUCAAGUCCACCGAACACUAUCGCUAACAAUCAAACGUGUGAUAUAACCCCGGAAUCCACAUAACCGAUGGGGUUGUCAAACUUGUUUGAUCUGGGGCCGAACCACCCCAUUCGUGCCGCCUUCUAUCGCCAUGGAGUGCAUUGCGCUACACACCAAAUUCGAGUCAUCAUCAUAUCAUGCGCGCUCAUGUGCGUCUUGCUGUACCCGGCGCUUGCGACACACUACUCCUCCCAACCCCUCACCCAUUUCUCGACCAAAAUGCUCGACUCCUUUCUUCCACCCAACACCCCUGCCACCGCAUUCCGCACCGAUGUGCGCCAUGUGUGGGAGGGACAUGAUAUCUACCAAGUGCGAGAAGAUGCCGCCGCUCUCGCAAAGUGCGGAACGGAGAGGACCAUUCGGAUAGAGAGGGUCAUCGUGCCGAGCACCGCCCCGGAUGCCCGUGGAGCGCUCAACAAGCAUACAUUGCUCUCAACCCUCGAUCUUCAACACAAAAUAUCCGCCGUGCUUGCCGAGAAUGACUUCACCGACGCUGCAUCUUGCAUUCGUGACUCGAAGGGCAAGUGUUUGUUCCUCAGUCCGCUGGAGUUCUGGCAGAAUGACGAAAACAUCGUCAACGCCGACACUAAGCUCGCCAAGACGGUCAACUUCGGACCGAAUACCACGCUUUCUGGCAUCCCCCUGCAUGCUACUACUACGUUGGCGGGACGUGCUUCUGAUCCGCAUUCUGGCAAGACAACUUAUGCUGCCGACUUCUUGGCAUUGACCUACUUCUUUCCUGAGGUUAUGUGUCAUGACAACUUCGGCCACAGUCUCUGGCGGCGAGGACUUGAGCAUGCGACUGCCGGUUUUGCAUCCAUCUCCCAUACAGCUUAUAGGCCCCAACUUCUGGCCCUGGAACACUCGACUCCAUCGUCGAACAUGGCAUCUUCCUCCCUCGCAAUCUACGUAGCCUACUUUAUCGCGACUGUUUAUCUCGCGGCACCCUUGUGGCGAAUGCGCAGCGUCCAUUCAAGGAUUGGAUUGGCUUUUACCGCCUUCGUUGAGCUCCUUGCGAGUACUGUCAUGAGCAUCAGCGUUUGUGUCAUGUGGGGAUGGCGAGUAAGCAUGGUACCGUGGACUGUCCUUCCAGCUGUGAUUGUCAUUGUGGGGACGGAGAAUAUGUGGCACCUGUUGAGCGCCCUGAACUCCACACCUCUGACUUUGCCGGUAAAGGAACGAGUUGGCAUCGCCAUGAGCCAGGCAGGCACUACGAAUACGAUGGAACUCAUUGCAUAUAAUUCCCUUCUUGGCACAAUUGCUUGCUUCACCGUAGGCGCCGUCCGCCAAUUUUGCGUUUUUGGAAUGGUGGUUUUGAUCGUCCAUUGGUUUAUGAUUCACACUUUCUGGAUCACGGUGCUUUCCAUUGAUGCGCAGCGUCUUGAGUUGGUAGAAUUACUCCGACAAGGACCAGAGCGCCUGUAUGGCGCGUCUAACAUGGGCAAUGGAAACCACAUUGGUAACAACACCAAGACGGAUCAGCAGUCGAACUUGUACAAGCUCUGCAGUCCCCUCUUACGAUUCAUGCGCCGGCAUUAUGCCAUCAACAGCACGCUUUUAAUGUUUGUGUGCGUUAUGGUUGGCUUAUACUUCAAGUAUCCCUUUGCUAGCAAACAGAGUCAAGUUCGUUCGGCCAUUACUCAUGGCAUCAUAUCUUCCGCUCCUCCCGAGCCCUCUUUGCCAGUGCUGCGUGAAGGCAUAUUUAUGGAGGCCCCAUCGAUUGAUCCUGCGGAACACUUCUGGGACUUGAUUAAUCCCACGAAACAGGCACUUGUCCAUCUUCGCAUUGAAACCCCAACGAUUGUACAGCUCAGGCCCGUUUCUCCCGAUUCCGAUCUGUAUCCUGAUCCUGGUCCUCUAUCUCGCUUCUUCUACAAUGUGUUUCGACCCGGAUUAUGGAUGAUCAAGAUCAUGGUAUUACCUAUCGGUGCUACUAUGGGUCUCUUAUGGGGAUUCCUCGCCUAUCUACUGAAGGAUGCCGAUGUUUUGGAGGCCCAGCGAAACAGAACUCCCGUCGGUCCCCGGCAAGCAAGUAGGAUCGGGAAAGAGUCCAUCGGAGACCACGUUGUUCUAUCCGUCCUGCCAAGAAAUUUGGGCUCGGAUGUCGAUUUGGUCGCAUCAGAUCUAGAGGGAAAGGUGCUGUUAUCUCUCAGCAUCGACAACGAACUGGUUUGCUGGUUCUUGGACGAUGAUCGCAAAUGUCGCGUCUCCUACGAUCUCCUCGACUAUCUCCCGAACCAGAUACGCUCCAUCCCCACUGUGAUAUCCAUUGCCGUUGGCUCAGGGGGAGAAGUAUGCGCGGCAGGAACGGACACGGGGCUUAUCCUUGUUUGGAACCUUGUGAGCCUGAAGCCAGAACCAAUGCCGAUAUUGUCAAGUUCAUCGGCAGUAUCGUCUUUAGCAUUUAUUGGAUCAUUUUGGGCGAACACUACUGCGGGAAGGGGUUCUAUGAGUUCGCUGGAUAUGGGCGCGGAGCGACGUAUUCUCGUUGCCGGAUGUGAGGAUGGGUCAAGCACGCGGUGGGAUGUUGGGGACGGAAGCCAGCUAGGCGUUAUUGUACGGGCCUCCGAUGGACAUGGUCACACUCGCAUUGUUGCAGAAGAUCACGGGUCAUAUGUGCUGCAUGCAGUCGUGUUCCGACUGGAUGGUUCACUUCAACUUAAUCGAUGUAACCCACUUUCGAGCGACUGGCAAGAGAGUUGCGUCAUUGUCCCUCCUACCAGUGAGGCAACAUUACACGUUGCACUGCAUACAUUACGACUCGGUGAUAACUAUCGUACCGUUGCUGCGACAUGCUCCGCAGUCGGAGACAUCUCAGUCUGGGACGCCGACGAUGGCUCACUGCUACACUCAAGCCCAAGUACCGGCACUGUCCACAAGCUCACUAUCUCGUCCCUCUCUCAGCGACGAUGUCAACAAUGUGGUGAAACACCUAUGCCAGGUUUUGUCGUCUGCGCAGGUGUCGAGGAUACCGUUCGAAUUUUGCGUGGUACCCUUCCAGCUGGAGGAAGGCGUUGCAGCUGCUUGCAUGACUAUUCAAUCACCGUCCCAAGUCUUACAGGUAGUGGCGGUGGCAGUAAUGACUCACAGAAGGAAAGUUUGGAUGGAUCCCUCCCGCCACCGUCACCUCCAAAAAGGCAAUUAUCUCAUAUGAGCCUGCCGCCGCCACAGGAACGCCCGAAGAAAGCUGCGAAUGGAUCAUCGCGGGUUGUCGUAGAAGAGCGCGGUUCAUUUGACAGCGUCCCACCGUCUCCUAUGCGCUUGUCUACUGAAGCUCCACCAAGUCGGGCCUCGUUGGACCAGCCCAGAGGAUGGUGGCACGGCCUCCGCGUUCAGCCGCUUCCAGAUAUCGACUGCGAACGCGGUACCUGGGAUGUCAUCGGCCACGUAUUGAUCGGAAUUCGUCGGUAUAACCAUUAUUCCGCAGAAUCGCCUGUCGAGCCUGGACAGAAGCCCGAGAGCAAAGUCAGCGAGAAGAAAACGAGCGACGAGGACGGCCUCAAAGCACAGGACCUCCAGCGCUGGGAAGCGUGGACACUAGACAUCUCCGAGGCUGUUCCGGUUAUCCAUGCUUCUGCGCUAGAUGACCUCAAGCUGGUCACGACCCCCGUGCCAACCGGCGCAAAGGCACGAUCACGCAUCUAUCCAAGACUUCCUUUUACGAGAGUCAUGUCAGCAGCUGUGACAGGACCCGGCUCGUUUGCGGCUGGAUUCGGCAACAUUAUUGGCAUCGUCGAUUUCACCCAGUCAACUACAACUGCAGUACCAACCACCGGAGACGAAGCCUUCAGCUUUCCGUUACCCUCUCGGCAACAUUGAGCCGAAUAUUAGCUCACAUCGCACCUCAUUUCUGCUUGGGACACAAUUUAUGUAUGUUACAUUUAUGAGGACAGCGUUUG